CAUCCACACGCAGGCAGAGAGCUAGACCCUCUCACGCACAACAAGCCUACAAGACAGCUAGUAUAUCCAGUCCUCAGAGGGCUAGGACGACGAAAGUGCGCAUACUGUGACCCUGCCAAAGAGUUAACUACUGCGGGCGCGUUGCCACAACUUCACUUCCGCUAUCCAACCCCAUGCGCUGGAGCGGCAAGCCUUCAGCAGCCAACGUCUAAUCACAUCACACAAUAUCACAAGAAAAUCCACUCUAAGGCCACACAAUACGUUAUUCCUAUCACGAUCGAAUUCCCCGACUCCUUUGCUACGCCGAUCGUGAUUGCGUUGAUCUAAUAGACAAGCCCACCAUGGACCCCCACAUCGCCCAUGAGCUCUCAAAACUUGACCCCGCCAUCCCCUUCCGCGCCUCAUCCUCCCACCUGCAUCACACAUGGGCAAAGACAUUCUACUGGCGCCCAGAACUCUACAUACAACCUGAAUCAGUUCCAGAGCUUCAAAAAGUUGUCACGCUCGCUCGCCGGUGUCGCCGCCGACUGGUCACAGUCGGAAGCGCACACUCGCCAUCAGACCUCACCUGCACCUCCGCCUGGCUCAUCAACCUCGACAAUUUCCGCCGUAUCCUCUCCUUCUCGCGCGACACGGGAAUUGUGACAGUCGAGGCGGGCAUACGACUGCGUGAUCUUGGUGUCGAGCUGGAGAAAUAUGACCUCACGCUGCCAAAUCUAGGUAGCAUUGACGAGCAGAGUAUUGCCGGCGUGAUCUCGACGGGGACCCAUGGCAGCUCAUUGAGAUACGGACUGCUGUCACAGUCCGUGCUGGCGCUGAACAUUCUCCUAGCUAACGGGCAGGUGGUGCGCUGUAGUGCUGAGAGCAAUGUGGAGCUCUUCCGCGCCGCCCUCUUGUCGCUAGGCGCAAUCGGCAUCAUUACGGAAAUGACACUGCAGACGGUACCAAGCUUUAAAAUAGCAUGGCAGCAAUCUGUACAGAAGUUACCACAAGUACUAGAAUCGUGGGAUAAGGGUCUCUGGACAUCUUCGGAGUAUGUGCGCGUCUGGUGGUUGCCGUAUUGGAAGCGGGCGAUCGUCUGGCGCGCGGAUAAAACGGAACUACCCCUCCGCCAGCCACCAGCCAACUUCUACGGCGGCCGUGUUGGUAAUUUUAUUUACCAUAGUUUAUUAUAUCUCUCCAAUUAUUGUCCGCGAAUUCUCCCCUGGGUCGAAUGGUUUGUUUUCGGUAUGCAAUAUGGUUUUAGGGCUGGUAAACUGACCGCUUCGGCUGUGGAGCCUGGUCGAACAGGCCUGCUCAUGAACUGCCUGUACUCCCAGUUCGUCAAUGAGUGGGCACUACCAUUAGAAAAGGGACCAGAAGCUAUCACUCGACUUUCAGCCUGGCUAAAUGGUGAUGCGGCUACUGCCCAGAUCCCAUUCAGCUCCGAAGGGCUCUGGGUGCAUGCUCCCAUUGAAGUGCGCGUCUCUGAUACAUCCAAAGCCAACACGCCACGCCCUUAUCUGGACCCAACCUGCGUAUCGGGACCCACACUAUUUCUCAAUGCGACUCUUUACCGCCCGCACCUGCGGGACCCGCCCUGUACGGCCAGGUACUACGAGGCGUUCGAAUGGUUAAUGCGAGAGAUGGGUGGACGUCCGCAUUGGGCCAAAAACUUCAGUUCCGGUACUGGGCAGAAGGAAAUAAGCCAAAUGUACGGGCGCGAUCUAGAAGAGUGGUUAAGAGUGCGCAAGUCGGCUGACCUGGAUGGGAUGUUCUUGGGUGGAUGGCAUCUGAGGAAUUUAUUUCCUCCGCCGUCUGAAGAUGCGGAUGAUGAAGAUGGAGGCAACUCAUUCUGGCUUGCGGAGCGGGAAAAGUCGCGACAGAAACUUAAGGGUGUUCGUGGUGCUGGGGAUGCAUUUGAAUAUAUUGGCGACAGGAAAUGGGCGGAUGAUCCUUCAUCUAAAGCAGCCUCUAGCACUGGUGAGCACCGACAGACUAAAAGCACGUUGGUCGCUGAGAAAGAUCAUAACGAGGGUCCGCUUGACCCGCCCAGCCCACCGACGACAGCGGCGAGUGAGGAGAGCUUUGAUCAUCUAGCUCAUGGGGAAGCUAGUGUCAUGCUUGAGCAGAGUUAGCAGUUGCUUCGCUGGCUAGCUUUUUACUCUUUUGAUAACUUGGCUGGGAUUUGUAGCUAGCUACCUUAGAUGGGCGUCAUGUUACUAACAUCAUGUUCCUACUUGAUAUAACUUACUGUACGGAGUACAUGUGCACUAAGCUCUCCCCGCUGUUGUUUUCUCUUUUAUAUUUUUUUUUAUUUUUUUU